AUGGUCUACACCUUAUACACGAACCCUUAUACAUACAUAUGGCUGUCCUACGUACUGCUGAUUGUCGUGAUAAUUACUGGCAAUGUCCUAACUAUCAUAUCUCAGUGGCUGAACCGAAAAAUAUUUAGGGUAACCUCCAACUACUUGAUACACAACUUAGCCAUAGCGGAUCUGUUUUGCGGCUUAGCUUUACUCUAUAACACAAUAUCACGCACCGAUGAAGUAUCCAAAAAUAAAAUUGUGUGCUUGUUAAGGUUUGCCUUUCAAUCAGGCAGCUGUAUCGCAAGCUUUUACAGUGUCGUGACAAUAGCAAUCGAUCGUUACGUUUCAAUACUCUAUCCGCUCGAGUAUCCAGAGUACAUCACCGAACGUAAAAUAUUUACCAUGAUAUCUUUAAUUUGGGGCAUGAGCAUACUCCUAUCGACUGUACCACUUUACUGGAACACUUAUGCUGACAGCUGCCACUUUUAUACUGUUAUUCCCAGGUGCUACAUAGAGGGAGUUUGGCUACCCAAUUUCCUUGUAGUUUGGCUCAGCGUUUUAAUAUUUUAUUGGCGAAUCUGGAAAACAGCAAGGGCAUUUGCUCAAAGGUCCAAGGAAAGGUCGAGAGUAAUCGGUAGUUCUCACCAUCACAGGAUGUUUCUCGAUCUGCUGGCUGCCCUACGUUAUUGUUUCUCUGGUAAAAUUAUUUGA